AUGCCCAUGAUCCCACUCCUCAUGAGCAAGCUCAGCAACCUGUCCCCGAAGCGUAGCCCACGCGACAAGCGGCGCGCGGGUACCUCGACGGAACCAGCGGAGCCCAUGCCCUCGGCCCCGUCGACCUCGUCCGCCGCUUCCACUUCGGCCCAGCACCCCCUCCCACUGGCCGACAUCACGAGAAACAUCCUCAACGCGCCGCAGACGAUGCAGAGCAAGAAACGCCGCGUCGCGGACCCCGACGCGAAACGUACCCCCUUCCCCGACGCCUCGCCGCGUACGUUUCCCCCGCCUCCGCUAAGCAGCACAGGCCAGAGCUCCUCCGGCGUCGGCGUCGCCUCCGCCCCGUCCCCCUCGCCCCGCCCGCCCCGCGCCUCAAUCCCCGCGAGCCACAAGAUCCGAUACCUCGAGAGCAAGGUGCUCGCGCUGAGUACCGAGCUGGAGAAGGAGCGCACCGAGGCGCUGGCGACGAAGGCGCAGGUUGAUCACGCAUUCCGCUGCGUCAUUGCCAUCCACGAGAUGAUCACGUCGCUGAAUGACCGUCUGGAGCGCCUUGAGCGCGCGGCGGCCGGCAGCAGGGCAGAGCAGGCGUCGGACGAGGCGGCGGCGAGCGGGGCGAGUGGAAGUGGGGCGAGCGGCACGAGUGCGUAG